AUGAGAUACACAAACGGAAGUCAAAGCAAAUUACAUGGUACAAUACUACCUCAGUCAGGUUUUCCAAAUACAGGAUUUGCCAUUUACUCAAGAGACAUUGGGACAGCCCCUGAAGCCUCUACAGCAGACACUUCUGUCCUACAGCCUACACACGGUUUGUCUGAACCAAGACUGCCAUGUGGGACAACAGCAUUUGCAUUUCCAGCAACUCAUACAGUAGAACUAUGCUGUCUAAAUGCUUCUAAUUCACUGCCCGAAAUAAGCCAAGGAGAGAAGAUGUCUCAAAUACUAAAGGAACAGACAGAUCAACUAAAAAUUAAAGUAGAAGACUUCUCUAAACACAUGACCAAAGAGACAUUCCUCUUAGAAGAUGAUUAUCUGGCAUUAAAUCAACUGAAAAGAUACCUUGAAGCCUUGGAAAGGAACUAUUUAACUGCUAAAGAGGAACACCGUAACUUACAGCUGCAGUACUACAAGGACAAGUCUAUCAACAUCGGAGAAUUUGAUCCCAAAAGAAAGGUAGAAGGAGAAAUAUUUAGACUUGGCACGCUGCUUGAAGAGAUCCAAGAACAAGCUGAUGACAGCAAGCACAGAUGGGCUCCUUCGCAUAGUUCCUGUGGAUCUGCCCAUUCAUCAUAUUCUCUUUGGGAGAGCUCAGUACUUUCAAGUAUUGCUGAUUCCCCUGAAGAAAAUGCAUUUCAUCCCAAGAACAAUGAAGGAGAAAAUACAAGCCAGACAAGUUCCGUAAUUCCACAGAGAAAUGCCCACUUCUCUUUGGAAUGUGAUAGAUGCAAUCUUCGUAUUCACAUGUUACAGAAGAGAACUGAAUCAACUUAUGGAAAAGAAAUGGAUCCUCUGGGAAAAAGUUGUCUGCUAGCAAGCAAGUAUUCUUCAAAUGAAAUGAGAUUCUUUUCACCUGAAAGAAAAUAUGAGGCUGAAGGUCUUGGAUUCCAUACUCAGGGUACAUUAAGUCAGAAAGAUAGUGCCAGUGAAGAGAGUAUGAAAGGAAAUAACAUAAUGGAAAGGAAAACUGGAACGUGUACGACCUUCAUUCUAAGAAAACCAACUGAUUUAUCAUAUAAGAAUCUGAGCAAUGGUUCAGAAGCCAUCUCAGCCUACCAUUCUUAUGGUUCACAAAGCGAUGAAUUUAUGAAAUGUGAAAGUCACAAAAUAUUCCAUACAAGACUACAUAGAGAGAGAAAAGGAUUUAAAUGCAGAUGCUCCAGAGAAAGCCAAAAUCCAUUUAAACUCAGGAAUUACAAGGAAUCUGUUCAGUCUUGCACUCCACGUAGAAAUAAAAACUCUGGUUUAACUUCUUAUUCGCAGAAGAGAAUCCCCAGUCAAAAGGCUCAAACAAAUCAACAGCCUCCUGAACCUGUCAUCAGACUUUCUGAAAGCAAGAAGUCUGCCCGAAACACAUCUGCAAUCAUCAGAAACAGAACUGCCAAAGACUUCAACAUAAACAUUUUGAAUUCUACUCUGGAUCAUGCAAUACAGACAGCAAACAGUUUGAAGAAAGCUACAGAAAAAAUGGUGCAAGCAAUUUCAGAAGAUCUAGCUAACGCUAGAAGAAAACAGCUUUAACCAUCUAGUUUCAAAUGCUAUAUUUUUUUGCUGGUUAUAAAUUAUAAACAUCUUUACAAAUAUAAAAUGACAAAAGGUUAGAAAAUCAGCUAGCUUUAGUUCUAUGAUUGUCAGUACUAACUGGUACAUACUGGUAUUCCACAUGUUUGUACCCAGUGACUGAACUAGAAAAUGAAUUGCUUAUCUAUUGAAGUCUCUGAUGUUUUGGCUGGCCCCUGCUACUGCUUACAACUGCCUUCCCUAAGCA